CUCCGUUCGGACUACCUUCUUCACGUUUAUACGUGAGACAGCACACCACUCAAGUGUCUCUCCCAACUCAACUUCAAGUCGGGUUCUCAAGUUACAGUUGCACCGCCAUUUCUUUUUCUUUUUUCUUUUCCCUUCUCUCUGCUGUGUAAACUGGGGUUUUUUUUUUAUCUGGUGGCUGCGUGAAUUCUCGUAUCGCAUGACCAUGGUCCUCCACAGCGGCGGCGCAUCGCGGGAAGAGAGGCUAGACCCUGGGGGAUGGUUGCCCUGGAGCUAGGUAGCAUGGCGGCAGUCAGUAUUGAUGGAUCCCUAUUUCGAGCAACCCACCCUCCCCUUGUCCUCGUCAGCCUGUUUCUUGUCCAACUAAGGACUUCUUGUUGUUUCUGCCGGCCCCGUUGCGUGGUGUCCCUCCACUGGCCACUCAGUGGCGGAGCGCUUACUCGCUGGUGCCCUUCUUUGGCACCGCGCUGUUCCGCCUUCCUUCCGGGUCAUGCGUGUCACCUGCUCUGCUCUGCUUUGACCCUCGCGUCCUCACUCUCUUUCUCACUCACCUUUUUCUGACUACGCACCCACCUGCAUACUUCCAUACACACUACGCUGCAUCCAGCACACACACUCUUUUCUCACCUUCGCUUUGCAAUCAUCACUCCACACAAUCACCUACUUCACCCAGCUGUCUCUCCAUCUGUCCAUCUACUCGACCACUCACGGCCGCGUCUGCGCUACCACCUCCUUUAAUCAACUCACCCACGCACCCUGCCUGAAACGCCCCACAGCCACUUCUUACUAUACAUAAUACCAUACACCCUCCGCUACCUUCCUUGAUCUUUUCUGCCGUCCUCUACGGCCGUCUCUCCACUUUCGUUUCUUCCACCCGCAAACAAAACAUCAUGCUGAGCACAAUGCGCUCGUCCUGGCUGCUGUUCGCCCUCUUCGCUCUCUUCGCCUUCUCUUCCGCUCUCAACAUCGGCGACCUCAACCUCGAUGGCAUAGAGGAAUAUCUCAACCACGGCGUCAAGCGCCAGGCUCAGGGUACCGGCAACACUCCCACACAGCAACCUACCUCGGCGCCUCCCACUUCUGCACCACCAUCCACCCCCGAACCUUCACCCGAACCCACCCCUACACCGGAACCCUCGACCGACAACCCUCCUAGCUCCAAUAACCCUCCUUCGUCUGGAAACAACGACAACACCUCUCCACCUGCCUCUUCCCGAGAUCCGGCCACUUCCGCUCCACCUACUUCCAGUGCCAACCCUCCGCGCUCCUCGAGCAGCGAUAUAACUGCUCCCGUCACCGAGACCACUCCGCUGGUAACCCUUUCCACAAGCGAUGUUGUCACCACCUACACCACCAAGAGUAACGGCCAGGACGUUGUCGCAACCAGUACCAGCAAGCAAGUCAGCACCCGCACCACUGGAAUGGCCACCAACACCAGGCUGCCCGGCACCCAGGGAAACGGCGGGUCUAGCAGUGACGGCAUGUCCUCCAAGACCAAGUCCAUCAUCGGCGGUGUCGUUGGAGGUGUUGGCGGUGCCCUUUUGCUUGGAGGUAUCGCGCUCGUGUGCUGGCGUAUGUGGGGCAAGAAGAAGAACCGUGUCACCGAGGACGAUGCCGACUUGAUGGCUGGCACCGGCGCUGCUCUGGGUGACAAGCCCCAGAACUCUACGCCUUUCCAGUCCAAUCUCGAGCAAUACCACAACCCAGGUGGCCGACCCAACGCCGCUGCCAACUUCUAAUCGAGCUUUUUCCUAGAUGGAUCGCCUUGUACAUAUAAAAAUGAUUUCUGACGACUAUUUCUGGAUCUGGCACGAGUUGGCAUAUGGCGCCCCGAGCACGUCGACAUACGACUAGACGGGUAGCUUCUCAGAUAGUGUUUGCUCCAGCAUCAAGAGGCUGGGUGGCUAUAUUGCUUUUCCAUAUUGCAUGGCAGGUGCGGCGUACCCAAGUUGCCUUUGGCUUUUUUUCGUAAUUUCUUUAAUGCUCUAUUCCCUCUUCUCAUCAUAUCCCAUGUAGUGUUCUUUAGCUAGCAUGACAGCAAUGUCAACCAUACCAUCAAAACCACCCUUCAUCCCACUCCAACAUUCUCUCUCUCUCUCUCGUUCACCAGCAACAUAUUGAGAUCGACGUGCCCAUGUCGUCAUAAAAGCUUGUCAUUGUCCUCGAGUGGACCCCGGGGCAAUGCGCCCAGAAAGUAACCCCUGUUUCUUUCGCGAUGUUCGCCCCUCCCGUCAUUUCGGCCCUUCCCACCCCAUGUAGGCGAGAAGCGGGUUGCCACGCUUUUGUCUUGUGCAGGACCUUCAU